AUGAAGACUCUCAUUCUGCUUGCAAUAGCUGUUGCAAUCACUAUUGCAACUACUACUACAACUCUUGCUGAAAGUGGAUCCUAUAAGUUCACAAUCAAAUUUUCACAGAAUUCGAGCAACACCAGUAACUCUGAUAUUGCCUUAGGACUCACUGUUGGCUCAACAACUGCUCCAAUGACAAGUAGUUACUAUGCUUCUGGAGCUUGUGUCAAUGUGGCCACUUCAAAUUAUCAACUCACCACUGCAAGCACUACUUUGAAGGGCUUUGGAAUUGAAUGGCAAUGUCAUUCAACUUGUACAUCUUUGGCUGCAGUGUACAACUCAGUCACUUUCUAUGCCGGUCCUAAUUGGGGACAAACAACAGCUCAUGUUGCCUCCUCCCAAUCUACAUUAACCUCUGUAUCAUCUCCUAGUGGAUUCAACUCCAACAACUCCACUGCCAAGACUGUUUCCUACACCUUCAGUGGGUUGACUCCAACCCAACUUGCAAGUUCUGUAUACAUGCCAAACCAGACAGAGACCUGGUACGUCAGAUGCUUUGCCAGAUUCAACAACGCAGGAAGUGCUAACUUAGCUUCGGGAGUCUCCGACUUGGCAUCCAUUUUAGGAAAUGGAAAGAACUUGUCCUUAUCACAAUCGCUCACUUCCAGUUCUUCAGGCUGCCCGGAUUUAACAUCAAGCGGCUAUAUGCCAGCCUUCACCACUUUGGCCGGAGCUGUGAGCCUCUGCGCUUCCUUCUUGUAA